GCGCAGCUGGGUGUGAGGGGGUUGGUGGUCUUCAUCGUCGAUUUCUAGUUACCUGAAGCGGCCAUUUAACCCCAACCCUGGACCCUUCAGAGUUUAAGGCCACCCUGCUCCGGGUGCCCCAUACCUUAGGGUUCAUGAGGGGUGAGCCAGAAUUCAGCCGAAUUUACCAUGGCGGCUAUGGAUCACCGCAACGGCCAUUCCCCAUGAUUGAUGAGGGUGAUGAUGUCACCGAGGAGACCUUGAGCUCUGACAUUCAGAAACUGAAGGAGAAGCAGGACAUGCUGGACAAGGAGAUCUCCCAAUUAACAGCAGAGGGCUACCGUGUGAUUGAACUGAAGCAGCAUAUCUCCCUCCUCCAUGAGUACAAUGACAUCAAGGAUGUGUCACCGAUGCUGCUGGGCAAGCUGGCUGUGACUCGAGGCAUUACCACUAAGGAGUUAUAUCCAGAUUUUGAUCUAAACCUCAAUGACUGAGCAGCUUCUUGGAGAUUUUUAUCUACAGCCCACAGGGACAGGAAGAUGGAGGCAUAAAAGGCAGAGAGCCCAGACAGUAUAUUCAUGUGGUUUCUAGAUU